AUGGCUGAGAUCUCUGGACUCAGAGAGCAGAUUCUUGGUAAUCCAUGGUGGAUCAAAUCACAUUCGAUCACAACUGAUGAUUUGCAGNCGAAUUACAAUUUCAUGGGAUUCGAUCAGCCCACCUCCGAAGUCGAUGUUGUUGUCAGAUAUCUCGAGCAGAAGUACUACCAAGCCACUAUUGCGGACAAGUCCUCAGGCGAGGAUAUCGUUGGAGAGCCUCACGAAGCAAAAAGUGUCGAGCGUGCAUUGACAGCCUUACUCGCUCAUACCUGUGCACACCUUGGAAACCCUCCCAAUUUGAUCGGUGCUGGUGCUACACAAACCCUAGGAAGUCCAGUGGCUAAGCGUAGUCGCGGAAGACCCAAGAGCAUUCUCCCUUCUGCUGCCUCAUCCGCUGUCAAGCCCAGGGCAAAGAAGACUGCUCCUGCUACGAAGGCAAAGGUCUCUGCGGCUGUCACUCCGAAAGCCACUCGUGGUCGUGGAAGACCCAGAAAGUCUGAUGUCGUUGUGCCCACAUCGACUGGUCGCCCUCGAGGCAGACCUCGCAAGAAUCCUGUGUCGACUGCUCCUGCGGCCGAGGCGACGAAAGAUGGUGCCGCCGCGCCCGCCAAGCGUGGCAGAGGCAGACCCAAGAAGUCUGACUCCACGCCAGCAGCAGCAGCAGCAACAACAACUGGUUCGAAGCGGAAUGCAGCUGCCCUGGAAGAUGACGAACCCGCCGCCAAUAAGUCACACAAGACGAUCAGCGACGAAGAGAUGCAAGACCGUAUCAGCGCGGACGAGCUUGGUGAAGUCGAAGAAGCAGGUCAGACUGCUCCGUUCACUCCUCAAGUAUGGUUCCCAACUUACGUGUCAAGGAUUGCUAGGGUUAUCUACCACUGCAUUGCAGACGGACCGGCUGGAGGAUUGACCGAAGACGAGAUGAUGACGCGUAUUGGACUGUCAGACAGCGAUAUCAACGCUGGUAUCAUGCAAUUGAGCGAAAAGGGAGGUAUCAUUCCCGCUAUUGGUGAUGAUUAUAAGUGGACAGUGCUUGAUGAGUGGGAGGAUGAAGAGGAAUGA